AUGGCUCCGACCGUCGACAUUCCCGGCGUGCAGCCAGAUGUAGCCGCCCUAUUCCAAGAGAUAGAACAUACAUUCCAGUACACCGGACUCGGAGACGACCGCUGGUACAUCCUCACCAUGGCAGCCGUCGUAGGCGGCACCAACCCCGAGCUCGCCGCCCAACUCUACCUCUACAUGAUCAACCAGCCCGGACGCGAGAAUCCCUGCGACCGACAAGCCCUGAUGCGUCGGCUGCGCGAAAUCAUUGUCAAACUCGUCUCCAUCAUCGGCGUCUGCAAGCCCCUGGAAGCCAUCAUCUCGAUCGUCAAGGUCGAGCGGCCAGAAGAUCGCGACUACAGCUUCAGCCGCGAGAACUGGCAGGCCGACGGCAAGAACCACGAGGACGGCAUGGCGUGGCUGACGCAGAUCUACGAGCGCAACAUGGAGUCCACGCUGCGGCUGUUCGACGCGCAUCUCGAUUUCCAGUGGAUCUCCACGGACAUCACGUAUGGCCUUUAUCUUUCAGAUAGGCAGAAUAUGGACGAUUUGGACACCGAGUUGACGGUGCUCGUGGGCAUCAUGAUCCAGAAUUUGAAGCUUGAGACUUACUGGCACAUCCGCGGGAUUCGACGCAUCGGCGUCCCGCAGGAGGACGUCAAGACGAUUCUUUCGUGCGUGCGGAGGAUUGCGGAUUUCACAGGCGUCAAGCUGAAUAGAAUCCCGACGGUGGACGAAGUCGAACAAGACGUCUGA